AUGCAUGAUUACCGGAAUAAAAUAAUUCGUAUAGGAAGGGUGAACAUUCCUACCAUACAAGAACAACAAAUGAAAAUACAAUUGAAAAAUGCUAAAACGCUGCUGAUAGCGCCGGGAAGACAGGAGUUAGUAAGGUUGCACCCACAUGCAAGACUACCAGAUGGAAUAAUUGGAUACAAAGGUGUGUCAAAUUUGAAGGAUGGAGAAGCUAUAUUCGGGAUAACUAAUUUAACCCCAAACCCACUGAUAGUGGAGAAGGGCAAACCAAUCUGCAUGGCUGUACGUAUGAAACCAGACGACAUUAAUGAAGCUGGUGAUGAAUACAUUAGUGAUGAAGCUAACUGGGAGAAUAAACUACCGGAGAAUCUCAGAAAGGAGCCGUUGACUGACGAAGAAUUUUUAAGGAUCGGAAAAGUACUUAUAAAAAUUCGACCACUCGUGCUGAAAUACAAGGAUACAUUUUAUGAGUACAAGAAUGACCCUGGAAGAUAUACUGGGAAAAUCGAGCAUGGAAUCCGUUUGGUGAACACUGCUCAACCGAUUCGUCACCGAUUAAAGAAGUACCGUUUGAAGGAAGAAGAAGCGAUGGUAAAGAUUAUUGAUAAAUUGGAGAAAAAUAAGCAGAUAAUAAAAAGCAGAUCGGCGUGGUCGUUUCCUGUAAUCAUGGUACCAAAGAAGGAUGGAACUUUAAGAAAGGUAGUAAAUUAA